GGGAGACAGAGGACACCAAUCAACGCUCUUUUAGCAGCAAAGCUAAAAUGCCAGAGGGAGGACCGGACAUGCAGGAAUUACAUGUAUGGUGGUGUGAGGCAGCAUAAGUAUAGGUUCAGGCCACCCAACAAUAAUCUGGGCACACACUUACCGAACCUGGCACUGCUUUUGCAUGAAUAAGGAGAAGAAUACUGAAGUGGAUCAUAGAGAGGGAGCGGGCACACCAUAGAAUCUCUCCACGGCCCCACUGCCGCCACUGAUAAGGAUCGCGCAUGCACGAUACCUCACAGGAGCCACGGCAGCCAGAGAAGAGAGAGGGGGACGGAGACACAAGGCUCUGACGUUUACAGGGAGAAGCCUGUACACGAGAGGUCACCGCCGGAGCCUGGUGGAUGACGUCAGGGGUCACGUGACCCACAUCGGCAGUUCACAAACAAUGCAAAAUAAAUUAUGGAAUGAAAUUCUUCAUGGAAUAUGCAUUCUACAACGGAAAAAGAUUUCUUCAGAAAAGCUGUUUCAUGGUGGGAAUGUCAUUGUUGAUGAUGAUGUUCACAACUACGUUCGCAGAAUUAUUUUAUGAUAAAAAGAGUGACCAUGAUACAGAGACUUCAAUCCUUACACGAAGGAGAAGAGGAUUUCAUCUUGAGGAUUUUCUGGAAGAACAAAUUCAAGAUAAUUCCAGAGACAUUUCCGGAAGUCUUUGCAUGGGUUAUGGUGUUAACUGUUGUAUUGAAUUACACUUCAGACAUGAUACACACAUUGAAUUACAUGCAACAGCAGGACCAAGUUCACUCAAUUACAAGGAACAUUCACACAUAACAAUAGAACAGGUACAUGAUAGUGUACAUCGAUAGAUGGAUUAUAUUGGAGUAUUGUGAUAAAAGGAAAUGAGUCAGCUACAUGGUCUGGAGAGCUCACAAAUGAUAAGAUAUCAUUUGGAAGAGUGGGAAAAUCUCGAGAGGAAAUUUGGUUUCAAACACAGAAUUAUGUAAAAAUAAUGGAUUCAUAAAUUUUUCCCAUAACAGGAAAAGUUGAUGAAGAUUGGGUGGAAAAUUGGAGAUAGUAUGAGACAUAUAGAUUUAAGGGUAAAUAAGUGGUUAGGAUGUAAUGAGAACACAUGUACAGCGACCUCAUUGAUUCCAGUAGCUGGAAGAGAACAAAUGGUCGUUCCAAUAAUUGUUUUAGGAAUUCCUGUGAGUGAAACACAGUUGAUUUAUUAUCAAUUGCAAUAUACAGAAUUUGCAUAUGAUGGUUCUCAUAUAGAACAAUUGGAUCUUUCUUCAUGUCUACACUUUGUUUCUAAAAUAAUCUGUUUACCGGAGCAAGAUAAGGCGAUUUAUCAUUCUUGUUUCCAUAAUCAAACUUCUUGCCAUGCACGGAUUGAGAAUGUAUACUCAAUUCAUGAUUUGGUAACUCAAGUUGGUUUAAACAAAGUUUGUGUACAAGUGAUGUCUGAGAAAGAAAAGGUCGUAGCAUUCUUUUCUUCUUGUAUACAUUACGAGAAUUUGACAAGAGGUCUAUAUUGUUUGGAAGGAGAUCUGAGAGCUAUUUCUAUGAAUUUAGGAAGACUUAAUAUUUCUUCCAUAAAUACAAAUCAGUUAAAAACCCUUCCAGUACAAUUUAAUCUCACUCAAAUUGAUAAAUUUCCGUGGGAUAAGUGGACAGAAGAAAUUAAAAAGGAUAAAGGUUUUUUAAAAAUAUUAAACGAACAAGUAAAAGAAGCUGAAAUUGCAUUUAAUCAUCAUCAAGGACAAUUAUCAGAAAUAGAACAUGAAUGGAAUACUAUGUCUGGAACAUCUUGGUGGGGAAAAUUUAAGAAAUCUGUAAAUAUGUGGACAAAAUCUUCUGCACAAACAGCAGUUGGGAAUACUUUGUCCCAUCCUAUUAUUAUUAUAUUUAUUGUGAUAUUUUUGUGUGUUAUCUAUCAAAUUUUUAUUAUGUAUAAGAUUAGGAAAACAUAUAGGAAUAUAAAGGAAGAAAUUAAUAAGGGAGACAACAUUUUAAAAGAAAUGUUAAAAAGAACUCAGUAUUCCAAUUCUAUAUUGAAUACGGAACCAAAAAUUGAUCAAUCAACCAAGUGCUAUAACAUAGUCAAUGAAUGAAUGUGAUAUGAAUGUGAUACGAAUGGUGAAUAAUUGCGAAGGUUAUGAUUGAAAAAUUAGAUUUAAAAUCAUAAUCAGGGGGAAAUGUAAAAUAACAUAUUAACACUUUUUAGUAGGAUAGGGUAUUUUAAGGACCAUGAAAGGUCAGCACUUGUGUGACGUGUCAAUUUUGACAGUUCUUGAGACGACAAUAGUAUUUAGAAAGGUUAGGAAUCCUCCUCCUCAGCACAUUAUUAUUAGCUUUACAAAUAAGGAAACUUAGAAAACCAUGAUGUAAGGGGUUUUACUAGUUAACCAUAUAUGUCUGUUAUAAUGAUAAAUUUAGGAUACAAUGUAACUCUAUGGAGAGUCAACCUAUAAAAAGGCUUUGUCUCAUGACAUUGGGAGAGCAUUCUUUGACAAGACACCUGUGCUCUCUACGCACACACAUUCACACAUACACGUUACUUUAAGGGAAUCACUUUUUCUUCACUCAUUCUAAAUUGGUUUAUUACAUGCUUGUUAUCUUUUGAGAUUCUUCUGCUGUACUUUAUAUUUUUCUCUUCCUAAACUUUGUAACUGUUUCUUUUUAUGCGAAUUAAACCCUUUUAACUUUUAUCUUUCA